AAUGGGAACAGUAAUAAUUGGUAAGUGUCAGUGUUAAUGCUAUAUAAACUAUGUAUCAUGUGAUUGUACAUUUUAAGAAAAUGAAGUGAAAACAAAAAGCAGAACUAAUAGGUUUACAGAAAACGUUGAAAAGCGAAAUAAAAUAAAAAAUAAAUCACCUGGUGAUUCUACAGAAAAACUUUCAAGAUUUUCUUCUACUCGUAAACCAUCAAGUAGAUCAAGUUCAUUAAAAUCAAAAUACUUAUUAUCUAAUGAAUGUAAUAUAUAGACAGAUGAAUCUUCAUAAACAAGAAUCAAAAGAAAACCUAAAAUAAUUCAAUAAUUUGUAAAAUCUACUAAAUUUUACAAUUUUGCAGAAUAUACUUUGAAAAGUUAAUCUGUUAUACAUUAAUAACAUAUAUCUGAACAUAAAGAACAUAAAAAAAGUGCCUAAAGUUCAUAAAUUUCAUAAAUUGUUUAAAGUAAUCGACCAUUAAAAACUGAUAAUAAUAAGGAAGAAUAAUACGAUUAUAGACCUUUUAAAAAAGCAAACAAGUAUUAGUAACUAUUUUUUAAAUGA